GGCUUGCCUGCCAGCUAGCGGACGGGCGCGCGGCUCCUGCGCACUCGGCCUCCGCCUGCGCGCGUCGCUGGCACAGCUGCGUUCUCGCCUCCGCGGCUGGGAGUGGGGUCCGGCGCGAGCCGCCGCUCAGCUUCGGGAGCACACACUCCCCGGCGCUCUCCGCACCAGCGCCCCUUCCCGACCACAUCAGGUCCGGGGCGGGCGAGGGCGGCGAGGGCGCACGACCCGAGACUGCAGGACUAAGGGUCUAGAAGAUGAAUAGACUUGUCACUUUCCACUGACGGGCAGCGAUGGCAUUUACCGAAAGAGUCAACAGCAGUGGCAACAGCAGCUUGUACAAUGAAGACAGAAACCUGCUUCGGAUUAGAGAGAAGGAGAGACGCAACCAGGAAGCUCACCAAGAGAAGGAGGCAUUCUCUGAAAAGAUCCCCCUUUUUGGAGAGCCCUACAAGACAGAAAAAGGUGAUGAGCUCUCCAGCCGAAUACAGAACAUGCUGGGCAACUACGAAGAAAUGAAGGAGUUUCUUAGUACCAAGUCCCACUCUCAACGCUUGGAUGCUUCCGAACACAGGUUGGGAAAGCCCAGAUAUCCUUUACUUCCCGAGAAGGGGAGUGGCAUCCCAUCCCACUCCUUCCACCCCAGCCUCCACCACCAGCCAGGGAACACGCCUGCCUCUGGACCACUUCCUGUUGGUACCAUCAGCCAGAACCCAAAGAUGGCGCAGCCCAGAAUGGAGCCAGUGCCGAGUCUCCAGGGCAAAAGCUACGGGCCCCCGGACGGGCCGCUCCUGCCCCAAGAUCGCCUCGCUCCGGAGGGCUACGGCUCCAGUCAGCACAAAAAGCGCGAGCGCAGAGCUGACGGCGACCACGGUGCUUUGAUGCCAGACCCGGCCCCGGAGCGGGAGCUUGCGCCUCUCUUCGCUCUGCCGUCCCCGGUCCCCCCUCUGUCUCCUGUACAUUCCAACCAGCAGACUCUCCCCAGGAUGCAGGGAAGCAGCAAGGGUCACAGCAGCAGCAGCAGCAGCAGCAGUAAGGGCUACGGCCCGGGCAAGUCUCCCAAGGACCUGGCGGGAAAGGUCCCCGAGAAGGAGACCCCUCAAGAGCCUUCGGGGGCCGCGGCUGGCCUGGGGGGAGCCCCGCCCCCGCCCCCUUCUCAGACGUUCCCCCCGCCCCCCCUCCCGUCAAAAAGCCUUGCAAUGCAGCAGAAGCCCACGGCCUACGUCCGGCCCAUGGAUGGCCAAGAUCAGGCCCCCAGCGAGUCCCCUGAACUGAAGCCGCUGCCGGAAGACUUCCGGCAACAGACCUUUGAAAAAACAGACUUAAAAGUGCCUGCCAAAACCAAGCUCGCUAAGCUCAAAAUGCCUGCUCAGUCGGUCGAGCAGACCUACUCCAAUGAAGUCCAUUGUGUUGAAGAGAUUCUGAAGGAAAUGACCCAUUCAUGGCCGCCUCCUCUGACAGCCAUACACACGCCCGGUACUGCUGAGCCGUCCAAAUUUCCUUUUCCCACAAAGGAUUCUCAGCAUAUUAGUUCUGCAACGCAAAACCAAAAACAAUAUGACACAUCUUCAAAACCCCACAGUAAUCCUCAGCAGGGAACAUGCGUGCUCAGAGAUGACCUUCAGCUCAGUGACAGUGAGGACAGUGACGGCGAUCAAACCCCAGAGAAGCCUCCUUCUGCAUCUGCACCUCCAAGCGCCCCGCCACCCCCGCCGCCACCGCCGCCGCCGCCCCCCCCCGAGGCGGCCUCCGCACAUUCCAGCAGCGCAGAGUCGGAGAGCACCAGCGACUCGGACAGCUCCUCGGACUCGGAGAGCGAGAGCAGCUCCAGUGACAGCGAGGAGAACGAGCCCCAGGAAGCCCCGGCUCCCCCUGAGCCCGAGCCUCCGACAACAAACAAAUGGCAGCUGGACAACUGGCUGACCAAAGUCAGCCAGCCCCCGGUGCCCGCCGAGGCCCCGGGCAGCGCCGAGCCCCCGCCUCGGCACACGGACAGUAAGGGCAAGGGCGGCGACAGCGCCCCCGCGGGUCACGAGCGCUCGGAGUCCAAAGAGCCUGCCCCCAAAAACUCCAGCCGAGGCCCCCGGGGCCCUUCCGAAGGCCCCCACGCGGGCAAGAGGACCUGUCAGAAGUCCCCCGCCCAGCAGGAGCCCCCGCAGAGGCAAACCGUGGGAACCAAGCAGCCCAAAAAACCCGCCAAGCCCUCCGCCCCUGCGGACGCGCGCGCCUGCGUACAAGCGGAGAGCCAGCUGGGCUCCAAAGACCAGCCCUCCAAAGACAAGCCCAAGGUCAAGACGAAAGGGCGGCCGCGCGCCGGCGAGAGCUGCGAGCCCAAGCCGCCAGCGCCUGCCUCUGGCCCGGGCGAGCGGAAGAAGCACCGGAGCGGCCCCGCCGACCCCCCGAAGGCGCCCCCGAAGGAGGCAGCAGAGGACGGGAGCCCCGAUCACUUUGCGCUCGUCCCCCUGACGCAGAGCCAGGGCCCCGCCCGCGGUGGCGCCAGGACUAGUGGCUGCCGACUGGCCGUGGUCGUCCAAGAGGACCGCCGCAAGGACAGACCCCCGGUGCCUUCGCGAGACACCAAGCUGCUCUCCCCGCUCAGGGACACUCCGCCCCCGCAAAGCUUGAUGGUGAAGAUCACCCUGGAUCUCCUCUCCCGGGUCCCCCAGCUCCCCGGGAAGGCCAGCCGGCCCAAGAAGCCGGAAGACAAACCGCCAGUGGCCACGAAGAAGCCCGAUCCUGAGAAGCGAAGCUCAGACACCGCCAGCAAGUUGGCCAAAAAGAGAAAGGGCGAAUCAGAAAGAGACCACGAGAGCAAGAAAACCAGACUGGAGAAGGAAAUCAAAUCACAGUCAUCAGCUUCAUCCUCCCACAAAGAACCUUCUAAGUCAAAAACGCCUCGGCCCUCCUCGGAGCCCUCCAAGAAGGAGCCGCUUCCCCCUCCGCUUGUCUCAUCCUCGUCCUCCCAGAAGCCAGCCAAACCUGCACAAAAGAGGCCAAGGCAGGAAGCAGACGCCUGUGGCCAGGACCCUCCCAAAAGUGCCAGUAGUAGCAAGGGCAUCCACAAAGACUCUUCCGUUUCCAAGCACAGAAAAGUGGACGGGAAGGGCUCUGGAAGCUCUACAGAACACAGAGGAUCUUCUGGAGAUACUGCAAACCGUUUCCCAGUGCCUUGUUUGCCAAAUGGUAACUCCAAACCAGGGAAGCCUCACGUGAAGUUUGACAAACAACAAGCAGAUUUUCACAUGAAGGAGGCCAAAAGGUUGAAGGACAAAGCAGAACUAGUGACGGACAAGGUGGGGAAGGCGUUCAAGUACCUGGAAGCCGCCUUGGCCUUCAUCGAGUGUGGCAUCGCGGUGGAGUCGGAGAGCCCGGCGUCCCGGUCCGCUUACUCCAUCUACUCGGAGACCCUCGACCUCAUCAAAUCCAUAAUGUCAUUAAAAUCCUUCUCAGAUGCCACAACACCAACACAGGAGAAAAUAUUUGCUGUUUUAUGCAUGCGCUGCCAGUCCAUUUUGAACAUGGCGAUGUUUCGUUGUAAAAAAGAUAUAGCAAUAAAGUAUUCCCGAACUCUUAACGAACACUUCUUCAAGACUUCUUCCAGAGUUGCCCAGGCACCUUCGCCAUGCAUUGCAAGAAGCACAGGCACGCCGUCCCCCCUCUCGCCGACGCCUUCGCCCGCCGGCUCUCUCGGAUCGCAGUCCGGCGCCGGCGGCGGGAUGCCCGCCACGGUCAGCACCCCGGUCACCAUCCAGAACAUGACAUCUUCCUACGUCAGCAUCACUUCCCACGUCCUUACCGCCUUUGACCUUUGGGAACAGGCGGAGGUCCUCAUCAAGAAGAACAAAGAAUUUUUUGCUCAGCUCAGCACAAGCGUGUGUGCCCUGGCCCUCAACAGCAGUUUGAUGGAUCUGGUGCAUUAUACAAGACAGGGUUUUCAGCGGCUAAAACAAGUCACCAAAAGCCCUUAGUGGAGGCCCAGGUUGCUUUGAUGUCUUGGGAACUUUUUUGCACAUUGGAAGCCUCAAAACAGUCCGGACAUUUGUCUCACCAGGACACCAAACUCAAGAAGAAAAGCACCCUGAGAUGGCCAGGACGUUUGUUCCCUGAAACCCUCGACACCUCUGGAGUCAUUGGCUGGACACAGUGCUUACGCGGAGGCGGAAGGGAGGAGGCUGGCCUCAGAGACGAUCCUGCCUUUCCCGACCGAAGGACAGACGUGCAAUGCAGCCUGAGUGGGUGUGUGUGUGGUCUAGAAACAUUUCAUUUUUUCUAACCAGCAGGAUGAGAGCGAAACGAAGAGGAGCAGUUUCAACUCUGAAAGCAAAUCGCAUCAUCUCCGUAGCCACAUGAGUUCAUUCCCAGAAAGAAAUUUUUGUAACCGUGAAUCGUGGUGUAGGUUUUGGUGGAUUUUUUUUUUUUUUUUUUUUACGUUUCGGGAAAAUACCUUGUUGAAUGCAUUCUAAUGGUCAUCUCUAAAGCGUAAGUCGUGAAGGACGCCACUCUACCCCACUUUCUGCCAGUGAACGGUGGCUUUGAUCACAUCAGGUCUUGUCACGAUGUCUAAGAUUGACGGCAACCCCGCAUUGCCUGGAGAACUGGACGGUCGCCCCGGCCCCGAUUGCUCCGGUGCUGGGUUGGAGGAGGCCUCGGGCUGUGGAGAGAGAGGCCAUGGAGCUGCCCGGGGUGGCAGAGGGCCGGGCGCCACCAUCCCCCCUGUCCCCCCGCCCUGCUUCAGCCAAAGUCGUGCCCAUGGAAUACGUUCUUGACUUUGCACCGUGGGGCAGAAGAGAUCCACCGUCUGGCUGUCACCUGACGGUUACGGCGCUUGCUGGUUUUUGUUUAAAGUAGAGCUGGAAUUUGCGGUGCUGAUCUGGGGUCUGCAGUUACGUGGUAACUCAUGUUGUCUUACCAACUCAGAGUUUUGUCUGCAAACAAAAGAAAAUCCACUUCUUAGAGAGGCUAUAUUUUUCUGCUACGAAUUAUUUUAUAUUUAUAGCAAAACGAGGCUUUGAUUGUCCAGGGGAGAUUAUCUCCCUGAGAGGCUCUAUGGAGAUUUGGGGUGGUUAAUUAGACUUAAAAAAAAAAAAUUGUCACCGCAUGCCUUCACUCCAGAAUGUUCUCAGUCUUAGAUUUGAUUAGAUUGAGGAAGAACUGUGGCCUUCCCAUAAGCUGUUAUGGCCAGAGGCUAGCCAUUAAACCAAGUUUAUUUUCAAUGACCUAAAGUGGGCGGGGGGGGGGGGAAGCUUAGAAUUUCCACAUAUCCAUAAGCACAGAUUUCUUUGAUUGAAACUUUGGGGGUCACUAUUGGAAGCAUUAUUGUGAGUGCAGUGUUUUUAGAAGCCAACCCUUGUCCCUUUUAGAAGUCGAAUUUGCACAUGUAUCACACCCGAGGAGUGAGCGUUGGCGCAGCAAUUGCUUUUUCUCCCUCCAGCCUCUUCCACCCUCUCCGUGCUGUUCCCUGCCAAGCCUGUUUGACGUUGUCAUAUUUAUUUAUUCGUGAAGAAGGGCGUACCACCUUUAUUUAUAAUGAAGAGGUCGAAGGGCCAUGUGAUGAAUGUAAGAGCUUCCUUGGUAAUUUGGUAGCUGUCUAGUAGAGAGGCGUCGAAGUUGGGAGUGAUGAUGCUUCUUUGUCGCUGUUGGUGUGAAGCUGUGUCUUCUGUGGCCCAGCCUGUUCUUUGGCUAUUGAUGUUCUAAAGCAAAGCCAUGGUCCUCUUUAAACUCCUUGUUCAAAAAGCAACUUGUUGUGAAAUGAACAGUAAUUGCCUCUCAUUGGCAUAGGUUGUACGCUUGCGGCAUCGCAUGUGCACCUCUCAGAUGCAAGAGCCAAGACACCGGAACCAGGCUGAUGUGGUUCUUGAGCCUCGUUCCCCCGUUGGCCAUUCCCACCCCCUUCACCCCAUCACUCGCCAGCACAAGCCACCUGCCAGUUUGGGAGGGUGUGUUUUUGAGGACUGUUCUGAUCUAUGCAGACUGUGCCGUGUGUGUGUGUGUGUGUGUGUGUGUGUGUGUGUGUGUCUCUUUCUCUCUCUCUCUCUCUCUCCUGUCAGGAGCCACAGUGCCCCCUUGACUGACAACAUUUCCAAGUCAAUUUUUCAGCCGUUUCUAAAAAAAAAAAAAAGGUGAUUGGCUUUUUCAGUGGCCUUAUUCUUUGUGUAUGUGUGUUUUUUCCCCUGACCUUUAUAUGAACAUUUUAUUUGUCCCUUGAAAACCUAAUGAAUUUGCAGAGGUCCGUUUGUACUCUUUUGAUCAUGGAGUGUUUCUGAUUCUUACUGCAACAUGCAUUGUACCUAAAAGAAUUCGUAGUGGCUUCUUUUUAAAAAGAAUGUCAGAGGCAGUGGCCGAUGAAUCCUUCAUGGUCCCAAGGUCUUUUCGCUGUGACAGUUGUAUAUAGAAAUCAAAAGGAUUUUUUAAUCAUUUGCACUUUUUUCACUGCAUGCUUAAAUUCCCAAAGGCAAGAUUUGAACGCAGGCAGGUCACUGAAGGGACUAGGUGAUAAAAUUAAGCCUUUUGAGUACGUGGCGUUCUUGUGACAACCGUUAAUAGUACACCCUUCACAGUGAGACAAAUACAAGAAACACAUCUUGCGUGAAACUGAGUAUAAAAAUCUUGCCUCUGGCACUACACUUCGGGGUGUGUGUGUGUGUGUGUCUGUCUUUUAGUAGAAAAUGGAAGAACACUGUUUUUCUUUUGAAAAUGUUGAAUGCUUCUUCUGUCCUUGGAGAUAAUUAAAAUGUGAGUCACUGAAUGUACGAUGUUCACCAGACCAAGGGCCCUGAUAAACUAUGAAACACACCUUAUUGAAAUUCUCCAGGUUACACAGGGCUACGAAUGUGAGCCCAUGGGCCGUGUGCUAGCCGUGGUAGAAGAGGGGGAGAGCCCAGCUGGCAUAUUAUCAGCACGAGAACUACACUAGGAGAAUGGCUUAUCUGGUUGUGAUUUAAUCACAAGACUGAAUGGGAAAAGCGUCUGAGUUUUUUAAAACAAAAGGACCUUCAUUUUACAAUGUUUUGACCCACAUGUUUAGCUGUUUCCCUGCACAGAUUGGACCACACUUAGCUCCCUUGUUCUACAUCCUUUAAUUCCUGACGUCAGGUUCAGAAGCAAAACACCCAUCCCUUUAUGGCUGAAAACUUGUCCUAAUUGGUACCUUAAAUAUUAAUGAUAGUAGAAGCAGGAGCUUACUUUUUAAAAAGAUAGGUAAUUCUUGUUCAGUAAACUGUUCAAUAACUUUUAGAAGCAGAAAGAAACCAUUGUGCCCUGCAAAAUGAACAAAACUCUUAUUCUGAUGAAUGAGAGGAAAUGUUUUGUGUGUGUGUGUCUGUGUGCGCGCACACAGACACACACACACGGAGAAUAAGAGGCUAGCCGAAUUGGAUAUAUUUAUUGUGCCUUUGUAGACCAAACAUAAUUUUGGAAUAAUCUAUUUAUUUUGCCAUGACUUUAGGAGAUGCUAGGUGGGUCUUUCACCUCUUCUGCCUCGUGAAGUUUGAGGUGUGUUGGUGCUUCUUAAGGCAAAUGAAUCAAAGACGGCUUGGUUCCCUAGCUGCCACCUUAGAUCCUACAUUUUUUUCUUGAGGAUUGAUUUUUCCCAGACACUACACAAAAUCUGCGAAAACCUCUGCCACUUCAUCUGUCACACGUUACCGCUGAAUAGCAGUAUUUAAAUCUUGCGGGAAUAGUUGGCUUUCUGUUGGGAACACACAGGUAGAGGUUUGCUCCUUGCGGCCGUGGGGGGGGUGUCAGGAUCAGAGCGGUACUUCCUCCCUUUCCUCUUGCUCUCGUGGGUCGCUGCUUUCGUUUGCUUCUGUUUGGGAGUUGGGGCUGUAAAUGGUUUUCCCUGCGCUUUUCUUUUCUCUCGUCGUUGGGUUUGUGGGAGGUGGAGUGGCAGAAUAACUCGGUGUUGGGGAUCUUCCUCCAAACACUGCAGGUGGUGUUUUUACCACGGAAACCUCAAAUCCCCCAUCCAGUGUGUCCGUCACCAAAACUACGGGAAGGAACCGUGACCACUGCCCUGUUCUUUAGUUCUUAUUUAUGAGGAGUCGACAAGCAUCCUCCACCACCUUUCUCAAGGUGGUUGUAAAUUUUCUAUUGUCCUGGGGAAGGUGUGCCCGCAAUCGGCAGGUGCGGGGAUGGGUAGAGGAGCGCCUGUAUUUCUCUACACAGGAGGGCAGGAGGGAACCGUCCAGCUCCCCAGAGCCUCGAUAUUACUGGAAGGACAAAGGAAUAAGACCACUGACGGGGAGGCUGGCGGAGCCGCGCUGCUCGGACCGGGCAGGGGCUGCCCAAGGACGAUAACUUGCUUUGCUUAAAAGUAGAUGUUUAAGUGAUGCGUCAUACAGGCAGUAUUAACUUGUGUUAAUUAGUUUAACAACAAAAGGCAGUCUGUGCCUUUUUGUUCAGGCCAUCAAUAUGUAUUGUUAAAAUUAACUGCACAUACUCCCCCUCAGAUAUCAAGUAUACACUGUUCUCGUUUGUGUGUGUGUGUGUGUGUGUUUAUACACGUGUGUUCCAGAUCUUUUUUUUUUUUUUUUCUUCUGAAUGUGAUCAUGUUUUUGGAUGAUACCUGAGCAGGGUUGCCUUUUUUUUAUUUAUUACCAUUAUAUAUUAUAUUAUAUUAUAUAUUUUUUGCUUUCUUAUAACUUUAGAGGAAAGUCAAAUCUUGGUAUUAUUAAAAUUGUUUAAAAAAGAUUAAAUUGUCCAGUUGAUAAAUGGAGAUCACUGGCCUAUCUCUAAAAUAAUAUGAAUUUUUCGUUAUGGUAAUACCGUGCCAGCGAUCCAGUCCACACAGAGACUUUGUCCGUAGGCUAGGGAAGCAGUGACGUCGUCAGUGGGAAGAGGAGCCGCACAGACGAGGGGACUCCACGCGUUUUACUUACUCAGCAAUGGAACUGCACCUGGGGCUUUGUGAAUAAAAUGUAGCUGCCUUGUAUAGUCCUUUGAAAGAGACAUGUAUGAUCUGUGAGAAUUAUAGUUUGUUUUCUUUUUUUAGAAGAAACAUUUGCAAAAGAUCUUUCCAAAGAAAAUGUGCCACAGAUCUUUUGUUUGUUGUUCUCUGUAAUGAGGAUUAAUUGCUGUUAUAAAAAAAAAAAACAAAAACAUGUAAUUGACUUGUUUGUCUUCAAAUUCUUUACUUUUCACAAGAGGAUCGAGCUGUAAAAAAAAAAAAAAUUAAUAAAAAUUUAGAGAAAUCA